GCCUUGGUAUACCAUGGCGGCGGGUUGAUGGUUGGAAGCUCGGAGAUGGUGCCCAAGCCGCAACUUGAGUACCUGGUCUCUAAAGGAUUUCUGGUAGUUGUCCCAAACUAUCGACUGGCGCCCCAGGUCACCGGCAAGCAAGCGUUCGCAGACUGCGAGGAGGCCUACGACUGGGCAACUUCCAUGCUGCCGAAGUUCAUGCGACUGGUUUAUGAUGUGGACAUUGAUCCUAAACGAGUUGUCGCUCUUGGUCACUCCACGGGAGGAACGAUUGCUAUG